AUGCCAGCACUGACGCGCGCGCCUCGUCCUCUCCCCGCGUCUUGGAAGGAGGUCCCCCAUCCACCAACGCUCCCUGUCGCGUAUCCCUCCCUCCUCCCACUCCUCACCGUCUCCAAGGGAUCACUUGAACUGGCCCUCCGCACGCCCAUGCUCAGCAUGCCCGUCCUGCGGGCGCGCAACGAGCACCUCAUUCUUGCGCAGCGCGGUGACGCGUACCUUCGCGUCGUGCUGCUGCAGAUCGGCGCCGAGCUGGGUCUGACGCUGUCCGGACGUCAUCACGUCGUCAGCGCCGUUGGCUCCAACGCGACCCUCGCGCACAUCGCCCUCGAGAGUGGUGUGCUUGACGCCGCAUUCGCGCAGAGAAAGACGGGCGCCCCGAGUGUGUCCUACAAGGCCGCGGCGGGGAUCUUUGAGGCUCUCGUGGCGGUGAUGGAGGAGGAGAUGGGACCUCGCGCUGCCAAGAUACUCAAGAUUGCGCUGUUCCCUUGGGUCGCGGCUGUUGUGGACGCCAAGAUCGUUGCUGUUGUGGAGACGUUCGAAGGCGUCAAGGCUGCCGCGGCGCUCAAGGAGAAGGUCGCGCGCAUGAUGGAGGUGAUGGCCAGUGCGAACGUCGGCUGCCAGGGCUUGAACGGCACCGACGGCUGCAUGCGCGUAAAGACCAACGGCGUCAACGGCGUCCACAGCACCAAGGCCACCAUAUGCAAUGGUGUCAAGAGCAGCAUCGCACACCGUUGGUGA